AUGAAUGCAGCCUCAGCCACUGGUUCUCACUCCCGAAAUGGAUACCGUUUCUCGGAUCAGGAAAAUGGAGACUACAAUCAACACAGCGAUGGUCAAGCUUUCUAUGAGACCGGAAGUGAGGAUUUUGAAGGGCAGAAAGCAUUCCACAAAAAUGCAGAGAAACGUAAAGAGAAGAGAAGUUUAAUGAGCAAUGACCAAGAAAAAGAUGACUAUCUAUUGGCUGAGGCAAGGCAACCAUUGUGGCGCAAGGUUCCAAUAGCUUCAAGCCUAAUCAACCCAUAUCGCAUAGUUAUAAUCUUGCGUCUAGUUAUCCUAGUUUUCUUCUUCCACUUGCGCAUCACAACUCCAGUGCAUGAUGCACUUGCCUUGUGGAUAAUCUCUGUAGUCUGUGAAAUCUGGCUUGCUUUAUCUUGGAUAGUUGACCAACUCCCCAAAUGGUUCCCUAUUACUCGAGAAACUUACCUUGAACGUUUGUCCUUAAGGUUUGAGGGUGAAGAGGUGCCAAACCUUCUAGCCCCGGUUGAUAUCUUUGUAACCACUGCAGACCCUUUGAAGGAACCACCUAUUAUAACCGCAAACACAGUUUUAUCAGUCUUGUCUGUUGAUUACCCUGUUGAGAAGGUUAGCUGCUAUGUCUCAGAUGACAGUGCUUCUAUGCUUCUCUUUGAUACCUUGUCAGAAACGGCAGAGUUUGCUAGAAUAUGGGUUCCUUUUUGUAACAAGUAUAAUAUAGAGCCAAGGGCACCUGAGUUUUAUUUCUCUCAGAAACUUGAUUACUUGAAUGAUAAGGUGCACCCCACAUUUGUUAAGGAUCGCAGGGCUAUGAAGAGAGAAUAUGAAGAAUUCAAGGUGAAAAUUAAUGUACUGGUCGCAAAGGCUCAGAAAAAACCAGAAGAAGGGUGGGUGAUGCAAGACGGUAACCCAUGGCCUGGGAACAACAUGGAUGAUCAUCCAGGAAUGAUUCAGGUAUGUCUAGGAAGUGCUGGUGCACUGGACAAGGAUGGCAAGGAACUGCCAAGGCUUGUGUAUGUUUCGAGGGAAAAACGUCCUGGAUAUCAACACCACUGGAAAGCUGGUGCCAUGAAUGCUCUGGUUCGAGUUUCUGCUGUGCUCAGCAAUGCACCUUUUGCAUUAAAUCUGGAUUGUGACCAAUACAUCAAUAAUAGCAAGGUUCUUAGGGAGUCUAUGUGCUUUUUAAUGGACCCCCAACUCGGAAAGAAGUUCUGUUAUGUCCAAUUUCCAAAAAGGUUUGAUGGCAUCGAUUGCAAUGACAGAUAUGCUAAUCACAAUACUGUGUUCUUUGAUAUCAACAUGAAAUGCCUUGAUGGGAUUCAAGGUCCUGUGUAUGUUGGUACUGGAUGUGUGUUCAACAGACGAGCAUUAUAUGGCUAUGAUCCAUAUUCUGUCAAAAGUCCAAAAAUGAAGAGCUGCUGCUGCUGGCCUUCAUCCUGCAGCCAUUGUUCUAGUGACUUCGAGUCUUCAUCUGAUGACGAGACUGGUCAAGAGCUUGAAGACUUUGACGAGGAAGAGGAAGAGGAAUUAUCCUUCAUGUCCCUGAAAAGUUUAGAGAAACGAUUUGGACAAUCACCGGUUUUCAUUGCUUCUGCUUUGAUGGAAGAUGGUGGAUUUCCCAAAGGUACCAACACCCGAGUACUGAUUAAGGAAGCAAUUCAUGUUAUAAGCUGUGACUAUGAAGAGAAAACUGAAUGGGGAAAAGAGAUUGGGUGGCUUUAUGGCUCAGUCACAGAAGACAUCUUAACUGGGUUUAACAUGCAUUGUAGAGGAUGGAAAUCAGUGUACUGCAUGCCAAAGAAAGCAGCUUUUAAGGGAUCUGCUCCUAUAAAUCUAUCAGAUCGAUUACACCAGGUUCUGAAAUGGGCUUCGGGUUCUACUGAGAUUUUCUUUAGUGGCUAUUGCCCUUUGUGGUAUGGCUAUAGCGGAAAAUUGAAAUGGCUGCAGAGGCUGGCCUACACCAAUUCCAUUGUCUAUCCAUUCACUUCCAUCCCCUUGCUGAUCUACUGUACAAUUCCAGCUGUCUGUCUCCUGACUGGAAAGUUCAUCAUUCCCACUCUGUCAAACCUUGCUUGCAUUUGGUUAAUGGCCUUAUUUAUCUCCAUCAUCUUCACCUGUGUGCUAGAGCUUCGUUGGAGUGGGGUCAGCAUUCAGGACUGGUGGCGCAAUGAGCAAUUCUGGGUCAUUGGGGGUGUAUCUGCUCAUCUUUUUGCUGUAUUUCAAGGUCUCCUUAAAGUUGCUGGGGUAAACACUAAUUUCAAUGUGAGAGCAAAAUCAGCACUUGACACUUCAUUUGGACAGCUCUAUCACUUCAAGUGGACUACUCUUCUCAUCCCACCAACAAGUCUUGUAAUCUUAAAUAUGGUGGGAAUUGUGGCGGGAAUCUCUGAUGCCAUUAACAAUGGCUAUGACUCAUGGGGACCUUUCUUUGGGAAGCUUUUCUUCUCCUUGUGGGUCAUUGUGCACUUGUAUCCUUUCCUCAAAGGACUAAUGGGAAAGCAAAACAGAACCCCUGCCAUUGUAGUACUCUGGUCAAUACUCGUAGCAAUAAUUUUCUCAAUGAUUUGGGUGCGAAUUGAUAUUUUCUUGCCCAAACAGACAGGUCCAGCACUAAGACAGUGUGGGAUAAGAUGCUAA